AUGCAGCUGCGGGGCGAGCAGGGAGGCGUAGCAAGGCGCGGGCGCGGCGAUAGUGGAGAGCUGGGUGACGGCAUCGCGCGGCGCAAGGUGCGCCCACGUGUGAGGAGGCUAGCCGGAGCGGGCGUCGCCGGCUACGUCGGUGGGGCAGCAGCGGUGGGUAGCGGGGCCAUGGCCGGAGCAUGGGCGUGGUCCGGGCGCGGCAAAGGAGCACCAGGCGGCGGCCGGCUGCGGGUGCAGCAACAGCAGCAUAGCAGCAGGCGCUGGAGCAGGAAUGCCGGCGCCCGGCCGGCAGCUGCGGUGAGCGGGGCGGCGGGCGCGCACAACGACGGCCAUACGGCGCGCGUGGCUGCGAGCUGCAGCGAGUGUGGCGCCAGUCGCAGCAGCGCGGCGAGGAGGCACUCAGGUGCUUGCGAGGGCGGGGGCUGUAGUGGGCUCAGGGGUGCGGGCGCGGAGCUCGGGUUCGACGGAGUCAAGGCCACAGGGCACGGUAAGAUGUGCAGGUGCUUGCGCUGGGUCCCUACGGCGAUGCUGAGCACGACGGUGGCUCGCACUGGACCAAAAGGUCCCCGGGGCUACGCCGACAACGAGUUCGCGCGGCGAUGGUUCGGUCUCGAGUGGGACGAGGUCUAG